AUGCAAACGGGGCAGCAGCCCUCCAUCGUGGGCGUGCGUCGUGCGCUGCAGGGACAGCUGCGCCUGCUGACGGAGCUGCGGGGUCGGGAGCGCCAGUCCGGGGCCACCGAGCUGGCAGAGGUGGAUGUGAUCUUGGCCGGAGGGGAGGAGACCCCGCUCCUGUUCCAGCGGCAGCUGAACCGCGUGCUGGGCAGCUUCCCCUUCCCCUCACCAGGGUUCUGGGUGUCAGACCGGGCCACCGGCACCACACUCUCCCCGGCGCAGCAGCAGGGUUUCAAGGCCCCGCCGGAACCGUGUGCCUUCCUCCAGCUGGGGCAGCGAUUUGAGGGUCGGCAACGGGUCAAGCAUGGCUCCAAGGGCGAGCACUGGAAUGUCACCGUCACGAUACAGGGAGUGACGCACGCCAUGGGCCGCCUGUGUGGGACGCUGGAGGCGUACAACAUCCCGGACUCGGAACGCCCUGUCACCACCUUCUUCGAGGGUGAGAUCGUGGACAACGUCAACCACACCUUCUUCACCUCGGAGUACGGAGCGUGCAUAGAGUCAGACCUGCGGCACUGGUCUCGCUUCAAGACCUUCCAGGCGCUAAGACGAGAGGUGAUGGCGAGCGGCGGCCGGCACUCGGGCCUCGCGCGGCACCGCCACGUGUACAUGCGCUGGAAGGAGCGCUUCUUCGUGGAGGGCUGCGAGUGCCGGCUCACCAUCGCCGGGUUCUACUACCUGUGCCUCGACAGGAUAACGGGAGCCAUAGAGGGUCUGUACUUUGACCCGUCCAGCACCCCCGACCAGCAGCUCACGCUGGAGCCCCAGCAAGCUGCGGGGGAUGAGGGGCUGGCAUUCGGGCAUGUCGACAUCGCCUGA